UCUGAAUUGACGUAUUAAACUACAUUAUUGUGGCGACAAAACACAAGAGAGCUGUGAGCGCGUUUGAUGCCGGUGCUGAGCUUCAUGUGGGCUCUGUGUGUGAACAUGAUGACAGUCAACUUGUUUCUGAGUCUCUUCUUCCUCUCAGGUGCUGCGGAUGCUUGUGAUUAUCAUUCAGAGCUGGAUGUUAAAACACCACAGAAGAUGGAGGCUCUGAGUGGAUCUUGUUUAAAAAUCCCAUGUAGCUUUGACAAUCCAGAGAAGUUUGACGGCACAAGAGAAACUUCUGCAAUGUGGAUCAGAGAUCUUCCUUAUGGGCAUACUAAAGCUGAGGUUUAUGUGGUUUAUGACAGUAGAUAUCCAGACAACAAAUAUGUAAUGAAUGUUACAGGAAACCUGCAUGAGAAAAACUGCACCACUGAGUUUUUUAAUCUAACCACAGAUUACACACACACAUACUACUUCAGGGUCAUCAACCUGCCUUUUCAAUCAUCAGCUGCUUGUGAUCCUCUUGAGAUCACAGUUAAAGAUUCUCCUCCGAGGCCCACAUUAAAUGUCUCAGGUGAUCAGAAUGACCUGAAGGAGAAGGAGUCUGUCACUAUAACCUGCUCAGCUCCCACUCCCUGUCCACACCUCCCUCCUCGACUCACCUGGAGCCUCCAACAAGACGCUCACAGCCAAACAGAGGAAAACACUGAUGGAACUUUAACCACUAAGAUCCAGCAGAACAUCACUCUGUCAGACCAACAUGAUGGAUUCAAGAUCAACUGCUCUGCUGUGUAUCCUGUUGAUGGAGGAGAACUUCUGAAAACAGCUGUGGCAGAGUUCUCUCUCAAUGUUUCUUAUGCUCCUAAAGACACGUCAGCCUCCAUCAGUCCAUCAGGUUUGGUGUCUGCAGGGAGCUGGGUGAAGCUGAGCUGCUCCAGCAGAGCCAGACCUGCUGUCAGCUACACCUGGUUCAAGAUCAGUGAUCAUGGAGCAGUCAGAGUGUCUGAAGGAGACUUUUACAGCUUUAAUGUGACGGAAGGAGGAGCUUAUUACUGCGUGGCUGCAAAUCAUCUGGGAAAUCAGGCUUCAGAACAGAUUCUUAUGACUGUUGCAGAUGGUCAGAGGUUUGGACUCGGCGUCCUCAUUACACUGAAGAUUGUGGGAAUCGUAGCUCUCUGCAGUUCAAUCAUCAUCUUUGAGUGCUGGUUCAGAAGGAGAUUUCACCAGAAACCAGUGAAGGACUCACAAGAAGCAGACUAUGUCAACACAGUGAAGGAGAGUCGAGCCUCUUGAGCCACAAGGAGAACGAGAUGUUAAAUCCAUUAUCAGUGAUGUGGUUUAUUCUUUCUUAUAAUGUCUAAAGACAUGUUUGUCAUUCAUGUAGUGAAAUCUGUUGUUUGGGGGAUCACAGCGUUUUUCAGUGUUGUAGAGAUGAACUGGUUCUGAUCAGUAGAGGAUAUACAGACACAUAAUUCAUAGCUUGAUAUUUUAUUUGUGCAUUUGAAUUACUUUAAUCUGCAUUUCUUUGUUGAAGUGGGUUUUUUCCAUUUUGUGGUAAUUUCAUGGGCAACACAUUGUCUCGAUUUUUUUUUUUUUUUUUUUUGCUAUUGUAUGAAUGCUUGAAAAAAGUUUUUUAUAGUAAAGCUGUAUUAAUGGAAUUCAUUCAGUGAUUAAAAAAAACAA